AUGGGAUCUUUAGCCACGGGAGAUAAGCACUGUAACCAUCAUAGAAGCGGUAACCACCACCAGGAAGUAGGGAACAAUAUAAAGCAAGAAGGUGAAAAACUGAAAGAGGAAGUGAAGAGGAUGCUUGCUGCUGCUGCCACUGGCCCUUCAGAGAACGCAGAAUUGAUCGAUAUAAUACAACGCUUGGGCUUCUCUUACCAUUUUGAAAGCGAAAUUAGUGAAAUAUUGGGAUUGAUGAAGAAAAAUAUAGUUCUGGAUAUCGGAUAUUUCAACAAUCAUGAUGACCUUCAUACUAGUGCUCUUAAGUUUCGGUUGCUUAGGCAACAAGGCUACAACAUAGCAAGUGAUAUAUUCCAGAAGUUCAUAAACAAAGAAGGGAAGUUCAAUGAUGACCUUACUGAUGAUGUUAAAGGGAUGUUAAGUUUAUAUGAAGCUGCUCAUUUGAGGAGACUUGGAGAGCCUAUACUAGAAGAAGCACUUGCUUUCACUACCACUCACCUUAAGCCCUUAACGAUGUCUUCGUCCCAGUUGAGCCCUUUCCUUGCAGCACAAGUCAAGCAUGCCUUGACGCAACCAAUGUGGACGGGCUUGCCGAGGUUGGAGGUGAGGCGUUUUAUUUCUGUUUACCAAGAAGAACCUUCACACAAUGAUGUCCUGCUUCGCUUUGCAAAGCUGGAUUUCAACAUUUUGCAAAAGUUGCACCAACAGGAACUUGGUGAAAUGUCAAGGUGGUGGAAGAACUUGGAUUUUGUGUCAAAGUUACCUUUCGCACGAGAUAGGCUGGUGGGAUUGUAUUUCUGGAUUUUGGGAGUGUAUUUUGAGCCUCAAUAUUCCCUUGCUAGGAGAAGAGUAACCAAAGUAAUCGCUAUGACUUCUGUCCUUGAUGACAUAUAUGACAUUUAUGGAACACCUGAAGAACUCAAACUACUCACAGAUGCAAUGGAAAGGUGGAAUAUCAACUGUCCGGAUGAACUUCCAGAAUGCAUAAAAUACUUUUAUCAUACGCUAUUACAAGUGUACAAAGAAAUUGAGGAAGAUAUGGUUAAAGCGGACAGAGAAUAUUGCAUUCAGUAUGCUAAAGAAGCAAUGAAAAUGCAAGUUCGAUCCUACUCUCAUGAAGCCAAAUGGUUCCACGAGAAGUACACACCAACAUUGGACGAGUACAUGGACGUUGCAUCAAUGUCGAGUGGUUUCCCGCUGCUUACGGUCAUUUCUUGGCUUUACAUGGGAGAUAUUGUUACAGAAGAGGCCCUUGAAUGGGCGUCAAAACAUCCAAAGACUGUUCGAGCUUCAUCAAACAUUGCCAGGCUCAUGGAUGACCUGGCUACGCACAAGUUUUCUCUAAUUCACAGUCGAGCAAGAAAGAGGGGAUGCUCCAUGAAGCAAUACAGUGCUUCGGAAGAAGAAGCAUACGAAGAAGUUCGAAAACAAACUGUGGACGCAUGGAAGGACAUAACCGAGGACUGGCUUGAUGAAGCUAAAGAUGUGCCAAGGCCUCUACUUAUGCGUGUAAUCAACCUUGCAAGGUCCAUCGAUGUUAUUUACAAGGAUGGUGAUAAUUACAGCAAUUCUGGUGGGGUCAUGAGAUCUUUCAUUCAAUCUUUGCUCGUCGAUGCUCUUCAAAUGUAAUGUUUCACGUUUUGGUUUGGUUUCUUCAAUACGGACAUAUUUGAAUUAAUCACCAGCGAUAUGUAAGACGAUUGCAAUGACUUUU